AAGCAUAUACGAAAGCGUCAUGAUGGAGGAUGCACAUGACUCUGCUUCGCGCCUCUCCUGGCCUCGGAACUUGGACCUACAGCGGCGGACUGGCUUUUGGAUUGGCGACCCCCCUUUCAAGCUGAAAGGUGCCGAAACGGUAUUCACCGAGCAGGCAUCAAAGGGCAACGGGCUUCAAACACCGACUGCGCAGGUGAUGCGUCGCCGCCUUCCAGAAGCAUUUGGGACCAGCCAAGGCAUGCGUCGACCACUUGAGGCCAAGCCAUCAUCGUCGACUCAACAACUCAAAUCCGACAUUCCUCCGCGGAGCCAUAGCUCUCGCAAGCCCCAAGUGCGCAAGGUGGAGCGCCAGAAAGAGCGGCGGCGGGAAAAGCGUGAGCAGGGAGACGAAUGGCGAGGCCGUCGUGACUCGGUUGAGGAUAGGAUAUAUUCGAAGGCACAGAAAGAUUUCAUUGCGCAAAGCCAUGUCGACUGGGCAAAUCGCGCCGACACCAAGGGCGAGAGCAUCCCACUGAGAGAGCUCACUCAACGUUUCAACGAGCACUUCCGGGAGAGUCCAGUGCGAAGCCGGUCGAGCUUGGCUAGCUUGAUUGGCCGCGAUGGUGGUUUGUCCAGAUUGAGAGACAGCCUGAAGUGAAAGGGCCGAAGUAGGAGCAGGCUGUUGCGAUAGGUCCUGUCUGUGUGCGUAAAGGGUCAUUACAGGGCAAGAUGAGAUUCGCAGAGCGGUCAACCCACGAAUUCAC